CCUUCAUCAGACUCCCGAGCGAGAGACAACAAGAAGACCCGAAGAACUUAUUCUACGCUCUUCAGAGAAACUCAAGACUUCUGAGAAGAGAUCAAAAGCAGCAGGUUACACUGACCGUCCCGUCCCUCUCUCUCCUACAGGAUGGGAUCGGCAGGAAUACAGAUCGUGUGUGUGGGUUUGGGAAUUCUGGGCCUCAUCGCUGCCAUCGUCACCUGCGUCCUCCCCAGCUGGAAGGUUUCCUCCUUCACUGGACAGAACAUCAUCACGGCACAGGUGCAACAGGAAGGCCUGUGGAUGGAGUGUGUAUACCAGAGCACAGGCCAGCAGCAGUGUAAAUCCUACGAAUCACUGCUGAUCCUGGGCUCGGACAUCCAGGCAGCUCGUGCCAUGACCAUCGUGUGCUGCAUGGUGUCAGCGCUCUCCCUGCUGGUGCUGUUUGCUGGCGCUGACUUCACCACGUGUGUCGAAAACGAGGACGCCAAGCCGAAGAUCUGCCUGGUGGCAGGUGUGGGCAUGCUCAUAGCAGGCAUCCUGCUCAUCAUCCCCGUCAGCUGGACAGCCAACAGCGUCGUGAGCAACUUCAACAACCCGUUGUUGAACGCGGCGAACCGCAGAGAGCUCGGGCCAUGCAUCUUCAUCGGCUGGGCCGGAGGAGUGCUCCUCCUGCUGGGCGGAGGACUGCUGUGCUGCUUCAGCCGCCCGCGAUCCGGAGGCUCUGGAGGCACGGCCAAGUACUACAGCAACAGUGCCUCGGCUCCAGCUAAAAACUACGUCUAGGUGUGUUGUAGAUGUGUAAAUCACACCUCAAAUAGCAAAUAUUUCAGCUGGGGGGAGGAGGGGGAGGUGUUGGUCUAAAACAUUAUCACUGAUAAAUAUUAUAUAAGAUAAAAUUCCAUUUAUCAAUAUAACACUAAUAAAUAGUAAGGUUGUUAAUAUUACGCCACAUGUGUGUAAAUAACUGUCAUAAAUAUGAUUGUUUAAAACAUGGUGCAUUAUUUUUUUGUUUUGAAAGAUCAUGGCAUGAUAAAUGAAACAAAUGAAAGAAAAAGCAGCUAAAGUUUGUUUAUAACAUGAUAUACCAAGAAAUGAAAUUUAACAUCCAUUAGAUCCACCCCUAAUUUGAAUCAUUUAAAUAUGGGCAGGGCUUCUUUAACGAUACAAUUUCGUGUGUGUGUGUGUGUGUGUGUGUGUGUUUUUCAGGACAAGUAAAUCUCAAACCUCAUAAGUCUGUAAAUAUGACAUUUCCAGGAUAAUUAAAAAAAAUAACAAUGUCUAUGUUCAUUUACAUUCUUCUUUCUUCUUUUUUUUUUUUUUUUGCAAAUCGCUGCUGUCAUGAGAAAACCAUUUAUAUAGCUAUAAAUCUUUUUUUUUUUUUUUAAAUAAAUAAACAUAACGUUUCAGCAUGUUUUUUUUUUUUUUUAAACGCUGCGUUCAGAACAGCUGGAUUUUUGCAUGAGAGCAAUGAAAUGAUGUAUUUUAUGGUAUUUAGCUUCAUUCUGAGUCUUUAAGUCGGCAAAGUUUCAGGUAAACCCGUCCUGUUAGAGCAGCUAAAGCUGUCUAAAGUCAGGAUUUAGUCAGAGACCUGGUGUAGAAAAGCUUUUUAGACCUGUGUGAGAUGUAAUACACGUGAUCAGCUGUGUGUAACGUCGCUUUGUAAUGAUAAAAUAGCAAAACUGUAACAUCAUGGCUUUGCUUUUUUUUUUUCAUAUUUGAUUAAAAUAAACAUUCCUAAUACUUUAA